UCCUAUUUGCGUUUGCAAAUUUGAUUUUGCUUUUUUUUUCCAGGUCGCCUACCUCCGCAUCUACUUCAAACUUCGUUAUAGGUUUGCUGGCGGCUACAUCGCCAACGAUGACAACAGUACUCGUCGUCAAUUACGUGGCCGCAAAUUACAACGAACUAACAUUCUACUGGUAUCAAUUGCUGUGAUAUUUUGCAUAAGUUGGCUCCCCUUGAACAUGUUCAACCUAAUUGCAGACCUUUGGGAUUCAGUGGAUUUCACGUCCCAAGAAAUGAUGAUAGUGUAUGCUGUCUGUCAUAUGAUGGGCAUGUCUUCUGCCUGCUCCAACCCGGUACUUUACGGUUGGUUGAACGAUAAUUUUUGGAAAGAAUUUAAAGACAUCUUAUGCUUUCCCAAAACGCGUAUAGAGAAAGCAGGCGAACGUAAAACGAGUAUAAAGAGAAUUCAAAAGAUUCCCGACAACAAGAAGUGCCUCUUAAGUGUCCCAAUGGAGAACCAUCAAGGUACCAUCACUAAUGCCACGGAAAUGUCUGUGUUAAAGUGCUAGCCCUUGUGAUUCGGUUAGUUCCUACUUUUGUUACCAAAAACUAUAUCAAUUGAAGACAUUUACGACAAUUAAUGUAAAAUUGAAAGAGUUGUUGUAUAAGCAAAAGACUGUUUUAGACUGACGUCUGAGGAUAUUCUGAAUAGCUACAAGAAAACAUACUUGAUCUGUCUAUUACCUACUUAUUGAAAUUCAAAUACAAUUCAGGAACAUCAUUUGUCACUUAUGCUUCUUUUGAGCAGUUUUUCGUCGAUUUUAUUUUCAAUGCAUGUUAUUUCAUACCUUUUGAUUUGUCAGAAACGACUUUUGACCAUUUAUAGAAAACUUUAAAAUAUUCACACUCAAUUGCUGAAGGCUCAUACUAGAUAUUUGAAUAAUUGUAUUGUGACAUAUAUUCACACUUCGAUGUCUGCGAGCCCUGCUCGAAAAAUAUGUUUUAUGUUCACGAGUUCAACGAAGAAUCCUUCAUUGAGUUAAAGAAGACCGAGAGGAAUCGUUACGCGAAGUUAUAGUAACAUUAUUGCGAGAUUAUUAUCUUUCAUUUUACCUAAUAUUAUAACGGCCAAAUAAUGUGAACCGUAUGCUAUGUAUAGUAAGAGACUUGUUCAUGAUUUUCGUUUACUUUACAUGACUACACUGAAAACGAAUGGGAUCCGUCAACUGGGAGGAGCCUAAACAACAUGGCGCUAAUGAGCGUUCGUUUUUCAUAGGUCAUUUACCGAAUCGGGUUGCUGUGUGGAUUUUUUACUUUUCACAAUCCCCCGCAAAAGGAAUUUUAUUUGAAGUCGAACGCGUUUCAUAUAUUGGUCAUGAUAUCAAAACUUGAAGAACAAAUCGGAAUGUGAACCAUCAGAUAUGAAUUUUAAUAUUUAUCAAAUCCCACAGACGGCGCGGUAAAUGCCAUCUGUAGUACAAUGUUACUUUUAGUGGAAUUCAAUUGCUCAACAAGGUCCAUUUAAAUAGAUGUAUUUCUACUUGCUGAACUGAAUCCACGACUUAACUCGUUGUACAUGAUAUGCAUCUUACCAGAAUCGAACAAAGAAAUUCGAAGAGAAUUCUGUCGAAACUGUCGAUCUUGUUGGAUCUCAUCAGCGCGUAGCAGAAAAUUUCUUAUCUACUGUUUACAAAGGUUAUAGGUAAAAACUAAUUCAUAUGA